GGUUUCUUAGAACUGGAUUCUCAGAACUGGUGAUGCUCAGAGUUUCGAGGAAACUUUUACAAGACUGCGACAGCAUGGCCAUGACUGCAGAUGGCUGCUUUCAGUUCACGCGCCACGCAGGAGACGUCCUGCUCAACUUCAACCGCCUGCGCAGCCGGAGCAUGCUGACAGAUGUGACCGUGCAGGUGGACGGGCAGGACUUUCACGCGCACAAGGCCAUCCUGGUGGCCUGCAGUGGAUUCUUCUACUCGGUGUUUAUGCAUCCCGAGAAUGCAAACCUUAGUGCCAUCAGCUUGGACCCCAAAGUGGACCCUGAAUGCUUUUCCCUCCUGCUGGACUUCAUGUACACCUCCUGCCUCAACCUUAACGACAGCCUGGUCCUGGCCACCCUGAACACGGCGGUCUACCUUCAGAUGGAGCACGUUGCUGACACCUGCCGCCGGUUCAUCAAGUCCAGACAUCAGAGUCUGAACAUGCAGCUGGACGGAGAACGAAGCGGCUCCAUCAGCCCACCAGAGGAAACGCCAGCUGUGAGAGCGGUGAAAGAACAAGACAAGUCGCCCUCCAGCACGUCCUUCCUGCAGGACGGCAGGGCUUGUAUCCCCACAGUUUUUAGGGGGAUCAACACCUCUGGCUCCUAUCACGUCUACGGAGAUUUCUACAUCCCUGCCGAAAAGCUCGAGGACUCUCACGAGACCAGAUCCCUUCAAGGCCGCAGCCCAGCUGCCAUGAACCCCGAGUCCAGCGGCGCCAUCAACCGCCCCGCUCUGUGGAGCAGCCAAGCCCCCGCCACUGCCAUGGAGGAGGACGGCCCCCAGCAUCCUCCUGCCAGCUACCUCAGACUGUCCCCCAUCUACAACAGAGGGGUCAUUUGCAGUCCUCAGAGCCCGCUGAGAUCUGACUGCCAGCCAAACUCUCCAACCGAGUCGAGCAGCAGCAGAAAUGCCAGCAUGAACCAGAACUCGGCUCCACACUGCCCCAAAGAGGCCAAGGCGCGCAACUGGAAGAAAUACAAGUUCAUCGUCAUGAACCAAACCACAGAUGAGGGUGAUAAGGAGGCUCGGGGCAGCAGCACGGACGUGCGGGUGGGCUCGCCCUCCCGGAGUCCCUCCAGAAGCGGUGCAGCUGCCGGACCCACUGAAGAGGGUGCCACUGAGCAGAAAGACGAGGGCUUAUCUCAGAGCAUCCGCAGCUGCAGGAGCAGCAGCUGCAGCAGCAUCAGGUCCUCAACCUACGGCGGGGACAGUCCUCACAGCGUGGAGAGCAGUCGGCUGUCGCCCGACUCGUACAGCAGGGAGGAAAACGCCAAGCCGCACUCAGAGUUCUCUCCCUCCAGCUGUGACAAUGAUUACUUCUCCAGCGGCUGUGACUCCAAAUUUGCAGAGGAAGAGCACCUGAAGGAGCACAUGGCUCAGGCCCACAGCGACAAGCCGUACAGGUGCGACUGCUGCCAGGCCGCAUUCCGCUACAAAGGCAACCUGGCCAGCCACAAGACCGUCCACACCGGUGCAAAACCGUACCACUGCAACAUCUGUGGCGCCCAGUUCAACAGACCAGCCAACCUGAAGACGCACACCCGCAUCCACUCGGGAGAAAAGCCCUACAAGUGUGAGACGUGCGGCUCCAGGUUUGUGCAGGUGGCGCACCUUCGUGCUCACGUGUUGAUCCACACCGGAGAGAAGCCGUACCCCUGUGAGAUCUGCGGGACGCAUUUCCGCCACCUUCAGACGCUCAAGAGCCACAUGCGGAUUCACACGGGGGAGAAGCCGUACCAUUGUGAAAAAUGUGACCUGCACUUCAGACACAAGAGCCAGCUGCGGCUGCAUCUGCGGCAGAAGCACGGCGCCGUCACCAACACAAAGGCGCAGUAUCGUCGGCCUUCCAGCAACGUGGCCGCCAUGAGCUCCUGCUGAGUCAGCUCCUGUCAAUUCAUCCGUUUUUGGAAGAAAAAAAAGACUCUCUUAUAUAGCAGAAAACGUUAAUAUAUGUUUGCCUUUCUGAGCUUGUAAAUGGUGCACAUUUCUUCUGAGUUCAGGUGGGAAGUGAAGCGGCAGAAUGUAGACCUGAACAGACUUCUGUUUGGUAGAGAAUGUGUGGAAUUCAGUGAGAAAUACUGUUACAGUUUGGCUUUAGUCCUUUUUGGUACAGCUGAUAAAAGAUAAUAUAUUUUCAGACGGCUGUCUGCUCUCUCACAUGCAUGACGUGCACUUUCCAGCUUCACUCUCAUAAGGGCUUUCGUGUCACUGCUGUGGUCUCUCUGUAAAAAGUACUGAUUGUCAAUCAUGUGAAGCAUUGAUGUACAUAUUCUUCUCUAUCAUGUUGAUAUUUUGCACAUACUUACAAUGCUGUUGUUUCUAACGUCUUCAUAGUUCUAAGUAUUGAAGUUCUCAUUGAGUUCCAUUCCCAGCAGCACUCGUUCGGUUCAUCUGGUACUGUUUUGGUUGUGCUGUGGGAGUGACGACCUGCUUCUAGGUUGAAACCCGUGCUUUCAUGUUGCAGUCAUUAGCAGCACAGUGAUGGUGCCUUACGUUCUCCCAGCUGAAAAUGACUGCAGUCAUCCUCUUUCUCUGCGACGUGUGCGUCUUCGUCAGUGCACGUGCACGUGCGUGCGUUACUUCAGACUGAAGCUCAGUCUGAAGAAUGAAGCUCUUCAGAUGCAAACACCAGGCCUAAAGCUAAAAACACUCAGGAAUGUUCAGUCACAUGUAAGCAAAGGUCUUUGUAACAGUAGAUUGUAUAUAUUUGAAAUAUAUUUAUAUAUGUAUGUAUAUCAAGAAAAUAAAGUGUAUUGUGUUAAAAAGUA